AUGCUCCUCUUGGCAGUUCUGCUAACAAAUCUACUGCUGGCCACUGUAAUAACAGGAUCAUCAGGUUCUUUGCUUCAGGAGUCAUCAGCUUCCCGUUGCAGCCUUUUUGGGAAUGAUCAUAUCAAAACUUUUGAUGAUUCUUUCUACAAUUUUGCUGGGGACUGCAGCUACCUCCUAGCUGGGGACUGUCAUAAGCACUCCUUCACACUCUUAGGUGACUACCAGGAUGGGGAGAAAAUUGGUUUCUCUGUGUAUCUUGGAGAAUAUUUCAACGUUCACUUCUCUUUAAAUGGGAGUGUGACACAGGAAGACAAAAGGGUUUCCAUACCUUUUGCCUCCAAUGGAUUAUUUAUAGAGAAGGAGGCAGGUUAUUAUAAAAUGUCUUAUAAAAUAUCCAGUGAUGAGCAUGGUUUUGUUGUGAAGAUUGAUAUCAGUGGGAAUAUUCAGAUAUUCCUUCAAGAAAAGUAUUAUAAUAAGACCUGUGGGCUGUGUGGCAACUUUAAUAAAUUUGCUGAAGAUGACUUCAGAACUCAGGAAGGGACCCUUGCGGGAAACAGCUAUGAUUUUGCAAACUCCUGGGCUUUGCGCAGUGAAAAUAAGCGGUGCAAGAGAGUCCAGACUCCAAGCAGCAUAUGCAACAUUUCAUCUGAUAUUGCAGAGAAGGGUGUCAUGGAAAUCUGCCAGCUGCUAAGAACAUCUCUGACCUUUUCUCGGUGCCACCAUCUAGUGGAUCCAGAGCCAUACAUCCAUCUCUGUGAAGAAGACAUCUGUGCCUGUACCCAUAGCACAAACUGUCACUGCUCGGUGUUCCUUGAUUAUGCAAGAAACUGUGCUCAUGAAGGAGUGAUUUUGGAUGGGUGGCCUGAAGAGAGCUUGUGCAGGCCAAGAUGUCCAGUUGGCAUGGAGUAUAAGGAAUGUGUACCUCCUUGUGCCAAAACCUGCCAGAGCCUGAAUAUCAAUGAAGUGUGUCACGGACAAUGUGUUGAUGGCUGCAGCUGCCCUGAGGGAAAGCUCCUUGAUGGUGAACAUUGCAUUGAAAGCUCUGACUGCUCCUGCAUCCACUCUGGAAGACAUUAUCCUCCUGGGUUCACCAUCUCCCGGGAUUGCAACUCAUGCAUUUGUCGACGUGGCAUCUGGAUCUGCAGCAAUGGGGAAUGCCCAGGGGAGUGCUCUGUCACCGGCCAAUCCCAUUUCAAAACCUUUGACAACAAGUAUUUCACCUUCAGUGGGAUUUGCCAGUACUUAUUUGCCAAAGACUGUGUGGAAAAUUCCUUUUCUGUUAUCAUCGAGACUGUCCAGUGUGCAGAUGAUCCUGAUGCUGUAUGCACUCGCUCAGCUUCUGUCCGAAUCCAAGGUAUGGACAACAGCCUGAUUAAAAUGAAACAUGGAGGAGGAAUUUCACUGAAUGGACAAGACAUACAGAUUCCUUUGCUACAAGGUGCCCUUCGGAUCCAGCACACGAUGAGGACUUCGGUUCACCUUACCUAUGGGGAAGAUUUGCAGAUUGACUGGGAUGGCCAUGGUGAACUCCUUGUGAAGUUGUCUCCAGUGUAUACUGAAAGAAUGUGUGGGCUAUGUGGAAACUACAAUGGUAAUCAAGGGGAUGAUUUUCUUACUCCUUCUGGCAUGGUGGAAACUCUUCUGGAAGAUUUUGGAAACUCCUGGAAGCUCAAUGCAGACUGCCAAGACUUGUUAAAGCAAGACAAUGACCCCUGCAAUCUCAAUCCUCAUUUAGCCAAAUAUGCUGAGGAAUCCUGCUCAGUUCUGAUGUCUUCUGUGUUUGAACCCUGUCACCGUGAAGUCAGUCCCAUUCCCUAUGUGAAGAACUGCCGCUUUGAUGUUUGCUCUUGCUCCAAUGGCAAGGAUUGUUUGUGCUCUGCUAUUGCUAAUUAUGCAACAGCCUGUGCUAGGAAAAAUGUUUUGGUCCAGUGGAGAGAGCCCAACUUGUGCCCAAUGACCUGUCCUGAAGGCCAAAUUUACCGGCAAUGUGGGACGCCAUGCAACCAGACCUGCAGAUCUCUGUCCUACCCAGAUGAGGACUGUGAUGAAUUCUGCAUGGAAGGCUGCUACUGCCCCCCUGGGCACUACCUGGAUGAGAGCAAGGAAUGUGUACCAAAGUUCCAGUGCUCUUGUUACUAUGAUGGUGAGAUCUUCCAACCAGAGGAUGUCUUUUCAGAUCAUUACACCAUGUGCUAUUGUGAAAAUGGUUUAAUGCACUGCAGUACAAACAAAGCUCCUGGUGCCUUCCUGCCAGAUGUUUUCGCUGAUGAGAGGCCAUCUGCCAGAAUAAAAAGGAGCUUGACAUGCAGAUCACCUAUGGAAACAUUUAUCUGUCCUGCAAACAACCCAAGAGCUGAAGGGCUGGAGUGUGCCAAGACUUGCCAGAACUAUGACUUGGAGUGCAUCAGCCAUGGCUGCAUAUCUGGAUGCCUAUGUCCAAAAGGGAUGGUGCGACAUGAGAACAAGUGUGUUGCUCCUGAGAGGUGCCCGUGUUUUCACAACGGAAGAGAAUAUGCCAAGGGAGAAACAGUGACUAAUGACUGCAAUACCUGUGUGUGUCGUGGUCGAAAAUGGGAAUGCACCAAAAAUUCUUGUGAUGGCACCUGCAGUGUUAUUGGUACAGCUCAUUAUUUGACAUUUGAUGGAUUGAAAUACAGGUUUCCAGGAGACUGUCAGUAUGUAUUAGUUCAGGAUUUCUGCAAGGAUGACUCUGGGACAUUCCGGAUAUUAAUUUCAAAUGAAGGAUGUGGCUUCACUGGAGAAAAGUGCUCGAAAAGGGUUAUCAUUCUGUAUAAAAGUGGAGAAAUAGAGUUGUUUAAUGGAAAUGUGAACAUCAAGGUACCUCCUAAGGACAGCGAUGAUUUAGAAGUCAUGAAGUCUGGCCGUUAUUACAUCAUUUUACUGGGCAACAGCAUCAGUGUGACCUGGGAUCUUGCCAUGGGAGUCUCAGUUAUUUUAAAAGCCAAUUUCAAAGAUCAAGUGUGUGGUCUGUGUGGAAAUUUUGAUGGAAUCCAAAACAACGAUUUGACCAGCAGCAAUGAACAUGUUGAAGUAGAUCCAGUUGACUUUGGGAACUCUUGGAAAGUUAAUACGUACUGUGCUGAUGUCAAAAAGCACAACCAGGAACAAGCCUUGGUGUCUCCAUUGUGUAAUGGCAACGUAUUGAAGCAGGUGAUGGUAGAAACAUCAUGCAGCAUUUUGUCUGGGAGUCUCUUUGAAGAAUGCAAAAAGCUUGUGAAUCCUGAACCCUACAUAGAUAUUUGUAUGUAUGACACUUGUGCUUGUGAGUCUACUGGGGACUGUGCUUGCUUCUGUGAUGCUAUAGCAGCCUAUGCACAUGUCUGUGCACAAAAAGGUGUUACUGUUCACUGGAGAUCAGCAGAUCUGUGCCCACAAAGCUGUGAGCACCUGAAUAAACAAGAAUUAGAUUAUCAAUGUGAAUGGCGAUAUAACAGCUGUGGACCCGCUUGUCUUAUAACAUGCCAGCACCCACAGCCUUUGAAGUGCCCUCUACAGUGUGUAGAAGGAUGCCAUGUGCACUGUCCUGCAGGGAAAAUACUUGAUGAACUCUCCCUGGAUUGUGUCACUCCAGAAGACUGUCCUGUGUGUACAGUUGGAGAUGUCAAAAUUCCACAUGGAAGGAGAAUAGUUUUGAACAGAGAAGAUCCACAGCACUGUAAAUCUUGUCUGUGUGAAGGGAAGAACUUGUCCUGUGUAUCCUGUGAACCAGUGGAAGAAAUCCUAACACCAACAACACCUGCUCCAGAGGAAGACAUUGAACUAGCACCCAGUGAAUACUCAUGCAGCAAGAUGAUGGACUUGGCCUUUCUAGUGGAUGGCUCCAAUAAACUGUCAGAAGAGGACUUUGAACAACUGAAGACUUUCAUAACUGGCAUGAUGAAGAAACUCCAUAUCUCCCAAAAGAAAAUCCGAGUAUCAAUUCUGGUAUAUAGGGCUGGCCCCACAAUCUAUCUUGGCCUUAAAGAUGUCAAAAAACAGUCCCAGAUGAGAAAAAUUGUCCAAAACAUAAAAUAUACAGGUGAUGAAGUAGCAUCUGCUGCAGAAGUCCUUAAAUAUAUUGUGUUUCAUGUGUUUGGAAAAGCAGAAAGGACCAAUGCUGCCAAAAUUGCUGUGCUAUUUAUAGCAAGCAGGUCUCCAGGAAAAGUCCGCACCAUCAUCCCAGCUUUGAAGAAUAAAAAAAUCACUGUAAUACCUGUGGGGAUUGGACCAUAUGUUAAUGAGGAACAAAUCAGGUUCAUUGAAAAGCAAUUACAUAGUAGAUCCUUCUUAAUGAACAACGUGUUGGAGCUAAUGGAUAACAGAGAUCUCCUUAUUGAUUAUCUAUGUGAUCUUGGACCUGAAGAAAAUCCUCUGUUAGAAGCUAUAUCCACUCCAACAAUGUCUAACGUCAGAUAUCCCCCUUGGAUACUCACAGCACCACCACCCCUUUCAGAAAAACCCACCCCAAAAAGUCUGGACGUUGCUUUUGUUGUUGAAGGAUCGGACAAUGUAGGGGAGGAAAAUUUCAAUAUCAUCAAGAAGUUCCUUGAGAGGGUGAUCACAGGAAUGAACAUAGGGAAAGAAAAUAUUCAUGUUACUGUCAUGCAAUAUUCAGACACUGUCACUCUGGAGUAUUCCUUUAGGGAAAUACAGUCAAAGGAAAGUAUUAUUGAGAAAGUGAGAAGCAUACCCUACCAAGGAGGGAAGGCUACCAACACUGGGCAUGCCCUUGAUUAUAUUUCCAAACACACAUUUACAACAGCAAACGGGGGCAGGCAGGAUGUACCUCACUUGGUAUAUAUGGUGUCAGCCAAUCCUUCCACUGAUGUUAUCACGCGACAUCCCAGAAGCAUAAAUGUUAUUCCCAUAGGUAUAACCCCCAAUGCAAAUGUCCAAGAGCUCAGAAAGAUUAGUCAGCCUAAUAGUCCAAUAAUCUUGCAUAGUUAUAGCACACUUAUUGAAGAAGCACCUGAAUUAGUGCUGCAGUCAUGCUGCUCUCAUAAACGUUGGACAGAAAUUCCAGAGAUGUGCAACAAACCAAUGGAUAUCAUGUUUCUUCUGGAUGGAAGUUCCAAUAUUGGAGCAUCAGAAUUUGAGGAAAUGAAAAACUUUGUACAGGCAUUUAUUGAAAGUGCUGAUAUCAGCAAUACUUCAAUUCAUGUGUCAGUUCUCCAGUAUGCCAGGGAAAAUAAUCUAGAAAUUUCAUGGAACAUGCCUCAAGAGACUGUAAAUCUUGUAGAGAUGGUGCGCUCAAUUCAACAAAGGGAGCAAGGUCCUACCAGACUGGGCAAAGCCAUUGACUUUGUAGUUCAGAACACAAUGUCAGAAUCCCAUGGAGGGAGACCAGGCGCAUCGAAGAUAGCAAUAGUCAUCGUGUCAGGGAAAUCAGAAGACACCGUGGAGACUGCUGCACUUGCUGCAAGAAUGAACAGAGUGUCCUUGUUUCCUAUUGGAGUUGGGAACAGAUAUGAUGAAGAGCAACUCAGGAUUUUGACUGGGCCAUCAGCUGUUAAUAGAAUCAUGAAGCUCCAGAAUUUUGAAGACUUAUCCACUAUGAUCACAUUGAAUAGUGAAUUUAUCAAUAAAGUGUGCAUGGAUCCUGUCAGAGAAUGUAUAGAUGAGGAUGGAAACAAAAAGAAACCUGGUGACAAAUGGACAUUACCAGAUCAGUGCCACACUGUGACAUGCUUUCCAGGUGAUUACACCGUUCUGGAGAGUCACCAAAUUAACUGUGAGAGAAUGCCAAAACCUGUAUGUCACAGCAAUCUUCCUGCUGUUAAGGUUGAAGAAACUUGUGGCUGCCGAUGGAUGUGUCCAUGUGUCUGUAUGGGAAGUUCAACUCGGCAUAUUGUCACGUUUGAUGGGCUGAAUUUUAAACUGACUGGCAAUUGCUCCUACAGCUUGUUUCAAGAUAUGCAACAUGAUGUUGAAGUUCUUCUCCAUGAAGGACCAUGCAGAGCAACACUGAAGAUGAACUGUAUGGACUCAAUUGAAGUGAAACAUCAUGGCGUAUCUGUUCAGCUCUUCAGUGACAUGACAGUGGCUGUUGAUGGUAGAAGCGUUCAUAUUCCCUAUUCUAGCAAUUUGUUUGAAGUCACUGUCUAUGGAGCAAUAAUGCAUGAAAUCAAGUUCUCCCAUCUUGGCCAUAAUCUCACAUUUACUCCGAGAAACAAUGAAUUUAUUCUUAAACUUAAUCCAAAGAGGUUUUCUUCAGGAACACAAGGGCUUUGUGGGGUGUGUGACCAGAACCAUGCCAAUGACUUCACAUUACGUAAUGGCUCUGUCACUUCUGACAGUGGCAUAUUUAUUCAGGACUGGACAUUGAAAGAGCCAGGGAAGAUCUGUGAAGUCCGGAGAGAAGAUGGAUGCUCUGAGCAUGCUGCAAGACAUUGCCACCUCCUGCUCUCCGAUCGGUUUGCAGAGUGCCACAGGUUAAUCCCCCCCAACAUGUUCUAUGAGUCCUGUGAAGAGAGCAGCUGCUAUGAGGAUGAAGCCUGCGAGAUGAUAACUUCUUACGCUCACAUCUGCAGGGAAAAUGGGAUCUGCAUAGAUUGGAGAACGCCUGAGUUCUGUCCAAUGAAAUGUCCCACAUAUUUGAUAUAUGAUCACUGUCACAAAGCCUGCAUAAAGCACUGUGAGAAUAGUACCAAACUCACUGUCUGCAAGGAUUAUCCCACAGAGGGCUGCUUCUGUCCAGAUGGACAGGUGAUUUUUAAUGACAGCUGUGUUGGUGAAGAGGUCUGCACACAAUGCAUCAGUGAAGAUGGCAUGCACCAUCAGCCCAUGGAAACAUGGAUUCCCUCCAAUGAGCCCUGCAAGAUCUGCACAUGUCUAGACAAUAGGAGAGUAAACUGCACUCUCCGACCUUGCACGACUACCAAAUCUGUUCAGUGUGGUCCCUGUGAAGUUCCUCGUCUGCGCAGGGACCCCAGCCAGUGCUGCCCCGAGUAUGAGUGUGUCUGUGAUCUAGUUUCGUGUGAUUUGCCUCCUGUCCCUGUCUGUGAGUUUGGCCUGCAGCUUGCACUGACCAACCCUGGAGAAUGCAGACCAAAUUAUACAUGUGCUUGUAACAGAGAAGCAUGCAGUCUAGUUCAAAGACCUUUCUGCCCACCACAUCGGGAGCUGACUGUUAAGAAGACAGAGUGCUGUGAUAAAUAUGAGUGUACCUGCAGCUGUACUAACUCAACAGUGAGCUGCCCUCCUGGAUAUAUAUCCAGAUCUCUCACCAAUGACUGCGGCUGCAUAUCUACUACCUGUGUUCCAGGAACGGUGUGUGUGCAUAACAACAUUGUCUACCCCAUUGGGAAGACCUGGGAAGAUGGUUGCAGAGAAUGUUCUUGCACUAGUACAAGAGAUGACAUUACAGGACUUCAGAUGAUGGAAUGUCGUGACAAAAUAUGUAACACUUUCUGCUCUCGGGGAUAUAAAUAUAUCAUCCAAGAUGGGGAAUGUUGUGGGAGAUGCCAGAAGACUGCCUGUGAGGAACAGCUGUUCUGGUCUCGGGGUGACGCAGUUCCUCGUUUACACGAGGUUGGCACAGAGUGGAGAUCCCCCUUCAAUGACUGCAUUAUCAAUGAGUGUGUCCGAGUGAAUGAUGAGGUUUUUGUGCAGCAAAAGAAUCUGUCUUGCUCUCAGAUGGAUGUGCCUGACUGUCCAGAGGGAACUGAAUUACGCUGUGACCAAAUAAUUGACUGCUGUCCUUCUUGCAGAUGUGUACCUGUGAAUGGCUGUCCUUUGAAUGGCACUGUUAUUGGGCCAUGGAAACGCCUGAUGGUGGAUCAAUGUACAACGUGUCUCUGCUCCCUGCAGUCAAUGUCUUCUCGGAGAUACAGCCUGACGUGUACAAAAUUCAGUUGUGAACCAUGCCCAACAAAUUACAGAAGGCAGGAAAUCCCUGGCUCUUGCUGUGGAAAAUGUGUGCCAACUUCAUGUAGCAUCAGACUGAGAGAUGGAAGGCUUCAAUACCUUCAGCCAAAUGGAUCACUUCAGGAUGGCUGUGAUAGUCACUCCUGUAAAAUAAACGAGAAAGGGGAAUUUAUCUGGGAAAGGAGAAUCACUGGCUGUCCUCCAUUUGAUUCCAGAAGAUGUUUGGCUGAAGGUGGGAGAAUUGCAAAACUUGGCAAUACCUGCUGUGACACAUGUGUGGAAGAGGAAUGUCGACCAGUAAGUAUCAGACUGCAAUAUCGGAACAUCAACGGAUGUGUGGCUGAAAAGGAAGUGCCUAUUUCUCAUUGUGAGGGCAAGUGUAGAAGCAAUACAAGAUACUCCAUUCAGAUGGGGAAAUGGGAAGAUGUGUGCAGCUGCUGUACAGCCACUCUAACAACAACAGUCAUGAUCCCACUCCGGUGUGCCAAUGGCACGGUGGUGCAACAUUACAUCCCUUCUGCCUCUCAGUGUGAAUGCAAUUUGCGGAAGUGUACAGAGUGA